AUUUUAUAUCUAUACAUGCUAAAAUUCAUUUACAAACGGUGCUAGAAAAUUCCCAAAAAAUUAAAUAAAUUUGGGCAUUAGGCAUAUGACACACUUGCGCAAGGCGCGAUCAAAUUUCUAGUACAUUUAUACAUACAUUAUUUGCCGUUGCAGAAGUGGCAAGCCUGCUUCCCGGCUAAAUGGCUGCAGCUGCCGCACGUUUACACCUCCUGUAUCCCUCUCCGAUCAACAAAUCGCCGAUACUCAUAUCUGGAUUGCGUCACUCCUUGAGGCUUUUCUCCCCCGUGAACGCCAAAAUCCGCUCCGCACACCUCCACAUAUUCUCCAGCACUACGCCACAGUGCCCCCCCUUAUCUGACGCAGUUCCGGAAGCUUUGGUGACUUCUGAAUCGAGUUCAUCCAUAGUUGGUGACCUUCUGGAUUACCUCAAUGAGUCAUGGACUCAAUUCCAUGCUACAGCGGAAGCAAAGAGACAACUAAUUGCUGCUGGGUUCCAUUUGUUAAAUGAGAAUGAGGAGUGGGACCUCAAGGCCGGUGAACGCUACUUCUUUACUCGGAAUAUGUCCUCUCUGGUUGCCUUUGCCAUUGGGAAAAAGUAUUCAGUUGGAAAUGGAUUUCAUAUAAUUGCAGCACAUACCGAUAGCCCAUGUAUGAAGCUGAAGCCAAUUUCAGCAUCAUACAAAUCUGGCUACCUUAUGGUCAAUGUGCAAACGUAUGGUGGCGGUUUAUGGCAUACUUGGUUUGAUAGAGAUCUUACUGUAGCCGGGAGGGUCAUUUUAAGAGCAGAUGAUGGUUCCUUCUUGCAUAGGCUUGUCAAAGUGAAGCGACCUCUCUUGCGAGUACCAACUUUAGCUAUUCAUCUAAACCGCAAUGUGAAUCAGGAUGGAUUCAAGCCGAAUCUUGAGACUCACCUGGUGCCACUGUUAGCAACAAACCCUGAGAGUGUUUCUGAUAAGACUUCAGGAAAAACUAAUGCAUCAUCCUCAAAAGAUGUGCACCAUCAACUUCUUCUGCAGAUCUUGUCUGACGAAUUGGGCUGUAAGGUUGGUGAUAUAGCCAGUAUUGAGUUAAAUAUUUGUGAUACCCAACCCAGCUGCCUUGGAGGUGCAAAUAACGAAUUCAUAUUCUCUGGAAGACUAGAUAAUCUUGCGUCAAGUUUUUGCUCAUUGAGGGCUCUUGUAGAUUCAUGCUCUUCUCUUGAAGAUUUGGUAAAUGAGCACAAAAUCCGAAUGGUAGCACUUUUUGAUAAUGAAGAGGUGGGAUCAGAUUCAUAUCAAGGAGCUGGAGCACCAACUAUGUUUGAGGCCAUGAGACGAAUAACUGAUUGCUUAGGUCAUCAUUCUGUUGGAGAAUCUACCUUUGCUCGUUCAAUCCGCGAUUCCUUUCUUGUGUCUGCUGACAUGGCUCACGGAGUUCAUCCAAAUUUUACUGAAAAGCAUGAAGAGCACCACCAUCCAGAUUUACAGAAAGGUCUUGUUAUAAAGCACAAUGCAAAUCAGCGAUAUGCAACAAGUGGAGUUACAUCUCUUCUUUUCAAAGAAGUUGCGAGAAUCCACAACCUUCCCACUCAGGAUUUCGUGGCGAGGAAUGAUAUGGGGUGUGGAUCAACUAUAGGUCCCAUACUUGCUUCACGGGUUGGUAUUCGCACUGUUGAUUGCGGCAUUGCUCAGCUAUCCAUGCAUAGUGUACGAGAGAUAUGCGGAAAGGAAGAUAUUGAUAAUGCAUACAAACACUUUAAGGCAUUCUAUCAGACAUUCUCAAGCAUUGAUAGAAAGCUGAAUGUGGAUGCUAUGGACCAUUCGUGAAUGAGAAGGAUCCGUGCCGCUUGCAGUAAUGGAGGGGCUCAACACACAACACAUGUUGCCUUAUCUUUGUUCCCUAAUGGCUUUCGUAUUAGUCUUUACAGUCCUUAAUUCAGACUUUGAUUUCGUCUUCGAUCUUGAGUAGUUCUUGUAAUAGCUAUAUAAGAGUCAUAACUUUGCAAUAAAAAACGUCUUUGGAGAAUAAAAAUGGUCAACAUCAACAGCAUAGCCAAAUACCUUCUCUACCUAAGGUGAGAAGGCUUGGUUAGUUACCCAAAACUACCAUUGCUUGUGUACUUCAUCUUGUGAUGUUUCUAAAAGACCUUUGAAUGAUAUCUUUCUUGUACCUUGACGCUUAACAUUUAACAAUUUCAUAUGGUAUCCAGGGAGAAUGGGAUAUAGGUAGCAAUAACACAACGUCACAACUACCGAC